UGAGAUCUGUCCACCUCACUAGGAACCACCGCAUUACAUACAAAUGGAACCGGCUUACAUUCGAUCCAUAUCAACUAACCUAAAACGAUCAUGCCUCCCAAUCCACCAAUGUCUUAUAAUGAAAGCACGGGUCUCUGGACCAAGAUUAAAUCGUCUACUAAGGGCAUCCACUCCUCCUUCUCCAACCUCUCCCUUAUCGGCGAACAGGACGGCAGCUCCGAAGAUAGUACGCUAGUGAGCAAGGCCCUAUUACGGUACUAUCAGGAAAAGAACCAGCCAGUUCCGGACUGGCUCGGCGUUCGAUCGGAACCCCAGCAACACAAGUCCCACACGGGGCUCUCGUCCCAGCCAGCGCCCCAGCCACAGAUCGACCGCAGACCGUCCCAUUCACUCCAGGACAUCUACAACAAGUCAUCUCAGGCACGUCAGACCCAACCAUAUCAGCCGCGGGUUAACCGCACGCCGAGCUCACGGUUCCAGCAGCCCGCCAGGGCCGAACCCGCUCCUGGUUUGUAUGACCAAAGUGGGCCCCAAAACGCUCAGCAAAGUCUGGGCGGGGCCCAGAACGUGUCUAAUGGGGCCCAAAAUACAUAUAGUCAGUCUCCAGUCAGUCAACCCAGACCCCCUUCAAGUCAUUCCCAGCCAAAUCUACCAACCCAAAGCGCCUACUCUAGAAGCAACGCUCCGGCCCCCUACAGCCAGCCGGUGCCGACAAAUAGUUAUUCUUCCCGUGUAAACAACCUCAGCCAGGUUGGCUCACCGCAGGCAUCGCUGGCGCCUCAAUCCCAGCCGGGACAGCCGCCUCGGGCGAGAGCUAACUGGGCCAGGCGUAACUGAGAAACAGAAGCGAAGAUCUUUUGGCUCUAGAUUCGUCUCCGCUCUUCAUUACCAGCUCAUGGAUUAGACCAUGCCACACUGGUGGUUCUGGGCGUUAGCCAGAUAUUUGUAUCCGGGGCUACGGGUUUUUCCUGGUGUCUUACGACCUGAUCUUCGGCCUUAUCUGGUCGUCACUUUGGCAAUGAUCUGAUCAUAGUAUACGGCUGGAUUAGAUGUAAUGCACGCCAAUAGGGCCAAUUAAUGUUACGCCGCUUUCACGAGGGCAGUCAUAUUUAUAUUUUAGUGUGUAUCGAACCGAGUUUAGGCCUUGUAUUGGAAUCUCAUCUAUCAAUGGCCGU